AUGGAGACCCGCCAGGUACCCAGGAGCCCCCGAGCACGGCUGCUGCUGCUGCUGCUACUUGUGUCCUGGGGCCACCGCACCGCCUCAGGAGCCGCCCUGCCUCCCGCGGGGGUCUUCAGACUCCACACCCCCAGCCGGGCUUGGGCGGUUCCGGCCACCCCCCAGUCGCGUCGGAGCCUGGCGCUGGCGGACGAUGCGGCCUUCCGGGAGCGCGCGCGGCUGCUGGCCGCCCUAGAGCGCCGCCACUGGCUGAACUCCUACAUGCACAAGCUGCUGGUGCUGGACGCGCCCUGAACGUCCUGUCCGCCCCACCUUAAUAAAGACCCUGCUGUGCGUCGGGACUGCGCCUCCUUCCUGCGCCUCUGUGUGUGUGUGUGUGUGUGUGUGUGUGUGUGUGUGUUUGUGUGUAGCGGGAGGGUGUGUGUGUGUGUGCACGGGGGCGUCUACCUCCAGUUCCCUCUCUCACCUCUCCCUCUACUCAUCCUGUCUCUCUCUGCACUACCGCCCCAGCUCUGUCCUUUCCUCUCACUCUGUGC